CUGAUUUGCGAUCCAUAAUCAUGCGUGGAUUCUAAAUAAAAAUAUGCUUAGCUCGCUCUCAGUAGAGAGACAAGGCAGCAAGGAGGAUGCAUUUUUGUCUAUUUUCACAACCAAACAGCCCUCUUCCAAUAAUAAGGUCAAACUCAAACUCAAACUCAACAAAUUUUCCUUUUAAGUUCGUGCCCAUACGCGCCGUUGUCAGCGAGUCAGCCAUGGCCAACUCAGUCCGAGUCUCCGUCGCUCAGAUGACCUCCGUCAACGACCUCGCCGCCAAUUUCGCUACCUGCUCUCGCCUUGUUAAGGAAGCUGCUUCCACUGGGGCCAAAUUGCUUUGUUUUCCAGAAAACUUCUCCUAUGUGGGUGCUAAGGAUGGGGACAGUCUUAAGAUUGCUGAAACUUUAGAUGGGCCAAUUAUGAAAGGGUAUUGUUCUCUUGCAAGGGAGUCAAAUAUUUGGUUGUCACUUGGAGGAUUCCAAGAAAAAGUUGAUGAUGCACACUUAAGAAACACUCAUGUGUUGAUUGAUGAUACUGGGAAUAUCAGAAGUACAUUCCGAAAGAUGCACCUAUUUGAUGUGGACGUUCCUGGAGGUACAGUAUACAAGGAAAGCAGCUUUACUGAAGCAGGGAACAAUAUUGUAACGGUAGACACCCCCUUUGGACGUUUGGGUCCGACAGUUUGCUAUGAUUUGAGAUUCCCAGAGCUUUAUCAGCAGCUAAGGUUCCAUCACGAUGCACAGGUUUUGUUGGUACCAGCAGCUUUUACAAAAGUAACAGGUGAAGCCCACUGGGAGAUUCUUCUUCGUGCCCGUGCAAUUGAAACUCAAUGUUACGUCAUAGCUGCUGCACAAGCUGGAAAGCAUAAUGACAAAAGGGAAAGCUAUGGUGAUAGCUUAAUAAUUGAUCCAUGGGGAACCGUAGUUGGUCGGUUACCCGAUCGCCUAUCAACAGGCAUUGCUGUAGCAGAUAUUGACUUCUCAUUGAUUGAUUCAGUUAGAGCAAAGAUGCCAAUUGCCAAGCAUCGGAAGUCCAUUGACUUCUGGAAAUCUGCUUCUCUGUGAGUUUAGAAGACGUGCACAGUCCUCGUACUGCCCUGUACACAGAUUAUAAGUGACAGCCAGUAUGCAUUUGGCUGCUUGUAUUUUUCAUGAGGGAUAAGACAAUCAUGUGCUUUUUGUAACUGCUUGUUGGUUUCAUGGUGAGCCGGCAAUGUGUUCUGGAUCUUGUAUCGGUUUUAUAGGCGACCCCUACUUUUUUCCAGUAUUUUUGCAUUAUAAGGGGAAAAGAAAUAUUAUUUUCAAUAAAAAUGGAUGCAAGCUUUAGUGGAUCAAA